ACACAGAGAGCCAAAAUGUCCAAAACAGAUCAAUAAGCUUCAAAAACUUAAGUACUUAUAAAAAAUAAAAAAAUAAAAAAAAACUCUGUCCAUCACGAGAGGCUCUGUUUGUGUGCAUUGUUUAGAUCGGCAGACAUCGUAAACUCUCGUCUUCGCUCUCCUUCUUCCAUUCAACAACCUGCAUUGUUCGGAUCCGAUCCAAAUUUGAGUUUGAAUUGUAAAUCUUCCGAAGCCUGUGAUUCUAUGUUGGAAAAUCCACGGAUCUGAUCCCGAACGUUCGAUAAUCGGAGAUCGGUAUUUUUUAAUAGAGAUUUUGAUGUUUUGAGCAAGGAUUUCAAACUUUAGAGCGAUAUACGAGGGUUGAAUAAUUUGUUAGAGAUGGAUCUAUUUUCUAUUAGCGAAGAAUUAGCCGAUAUCGACGGACAAAUCACCGACAUUUUCCGUGCUUUAUCAAAUGGUUUCCAGAAAUUGGAGAAGAUCAAGGAUGCCAAUAGGCAGAGUAGGCAAUUGGAGGAACUCACAGAGAAGAUGCGUGACUGUAAAAGGCUUAUCAAAGAGUUUGACAGGGAAGUUAAGGAAAUGGAGAGUAGAAACGAUCCAAACACCAACAAGAUUUUGAGUGAGAAAAAACAGUCAAUGGUGAAAGAGUUGAAUUCAUAUGUGGCUCUUAAAAAGCAACAUCAAGCCAAUCUUGAAAAAAACAAACGAGUUGAUCUCUUUGAUGGACCUAGUGAAGGUUUUGGUGAAGAAAAUGUCUUGCUAGCUUCAUCUAUGACAAAUCAACAGCUUAUGGAUGAGGGAAAUCAGAUGAUGGAUGAGACUGAUGAAGUUAUUGAGAGGUCAAAAAAGGUUGUUCACGACACUAUCAAUGUUGGAACAGAGACAGCUGCAGCUCUGAAGGCUCAGACUGAACAAAUGAGUAGGAUUGUUAAUGAGCUAGACUCUAUCCAUUUCUCAAUUAAGAAGGCUUCUCAACUUGUCAAGGAAAUUGGUAGGCAGGUUGCUACUGACAAAUGCAUAAUGGCACUGCUGUUCCUCAUCGUCAUUGGAGUCAUAGCCAUCAUUAUUGUGAAGCUUGUGCACCCAAACAACAAGGACAUCCGGGACAUUCCAGGAUUAGCUCCACCUGCUAUGAAUCGAAGAUUACUUUGGGACUCCUAGUUAGAGAGUUAGAUAAUGACCUCUCAUGAGAUUGUUGGGGUGAUCUGAAACCUGAUUGGAACCAUUAUUAGAGUAGCUUGUGCUGCUGUUAGAGGUACCCCGCAUUUCAUAUUAAUAGGAGUGACGUCAUUGUUGGUAUGUUUGCUGUAGAGAACGACAAGCUUUCCCUGUUUGCUUGCUCCCUGAAUUGUAUGGCGGCUCAUCGAUGGCUAUAAUGUAUGAGGUGUGGGAGGCCAAUUUAUUAUUUUCUUUCUUGAAUGGGUUACCUACCCUUUCGAAUUGAGGAACCCUUAAAUUGUGUAUUUGAGAUUCUAUUGGUUCACAUAUUGUAUAAUCAUCCGUAUCACUUGAUAA